AUGAUCUUGAACAUCAACGAGCAUCUGAAAUGGCUGGCGUCGUCGAAGCCGCAGCUGCCCGGCUCGUUGCAGUUCCCGUCGUUGACGCCAGAUCAGCUCAAAGAGUACACGAGUUCUGCGAAACCGCCGUCAGAGCCUGUGAAACCGGUGGCACUCCCCCCAAGAGCAGUGUCGCAAACCCCCGCAGCCCGGCCAUUGAUGAGGGCCAGGGCCGUCACGCCAGACGUUGCGAGUGAGAUGAGUGGGAUCAUGGCACGCAAGGCAGACACCGUGCGCCAGCGGAGUCUGGGCUCGUCCCAGGGAAGUGUCGUUGUUGAUCUCACCAACAACCAGGUCUUGGAGAGCCGCAAACGGGCCACAGACGCCGUGGACUCGUCGUUUAGCAAGAAGCAGCGGCAGAAUGACGACGACGAGUUCUCGGACGACGACGAAGUCGAGGCCAUCCUGGCUAAUCGACAUUCCUCCAACUCCACCACCAAAAGCAUGGGCACAGAAAAUGGCAGCGUCCGGUACGAAGAGGUGGCGAAAUUCAUCCAGACGGCGUCGUUGGGCGCCAGAGACGCUCGUGAGCUGCUGCUGUUGCAGUUGGAGCUGAUUACGCGCAUGGACGCCGUGACAGAGCUCCUGAGACAGAACAUUGUCGUGGACGAGUCCACGUCGAUCAGCGAGGACGAGAAACGACGCAAACGCGGCCAAUUGGCUAACGACAUACACCAUGCACAAACGCGCAGCGACGAGGUCCGCGCCCAGAUCCAUCAGUACUGCGUGGAAAAACAAAACAGACAGAUCGGCGACGACGAGCUGAGCUCGGAAAUCGAAACCACCGCCAUCCCGUUCACUAGCACCGCAUACGCCACGAAACCAAUAACACAGCUGAUUCCUACCCGUGAGGACGAGAUCAACCAAACGCCGUCCACGAUCAACGCGACCAACCAGUCUACUUUCCCCAGUCCCUCGUUCAAGUAUCCUCCUGUUCCAGUGCGAACGGAACAGGUCAACUCUCAGGUGGAUGUAGAGGACUCGUUCAAUUGCGAUAGUGACGAGCCAGAAAUCAUUUCGACCCAGGAAAAGGCAGAGCUGGAUCGGUUCAUUGUUGACGACGAGGGGUCUGGGGACGACCGUUCGUACAAAGACGAGGAGGACGCAGAAGACAUAGAAAACACAGAGCUGGGCCAGUUUGACGACUCGCCGGAGAUAGAGGACGUUGAAGACGGAAUAGAGAAUAUGGAGCUGUUACAGGACGCCGACGAAGACGCUAUAGUGAUCAACUCCGAAAAGGAGGACUCGUUCGAACAGGAUACGGGACAGGACUAUUUUACACAGCUGAAUGAGGAACGCGAGUUGGACGUUAUUGAUCUGGAUGACGAACAGUUCUGGGACAGCGACGCAGAGAACGAGAUCUUUGACCGUCGAAACGAGCAAGGAAAACAGACAGAGGUGCCGUCGGUGGCUUCGCAGAGCUCUGACUCCGAUAUCGAAGAGCUCACAAACGUCAAUCCGGACGCGUACAAGAAGUUUAUGGGCAAGUUCGAGUGGACCGCCGAGGUUUACUCUGUGUUGAGGAACACGUUUAAAUUGCCGUCAUUUAGAGAGAACCAGCUGGAAGCGAUCAAUGCGACUUUGAGUGGAGAAGACGUGUUUGUUCUGAUGCCAACUGGAGGUGGAAAAUCGCUGUGCUACCAAUUACCGGCUUUGGUCAAGUCGGGAAACACCAGAGGAACAACCAUUGUGAUCUCUCCGCUGAUCUCGUUGAUGCAGGACCAAGUUCACCAUUUACUGCAAAACAACAUCAAAGCAGCAAUGAUCAACUCUAAGUCUUCUGCCGCACAGAGGAAACAGACAUUCGAUAUGUUUGUUAACGGGUUCUUGGACCUGGUUUAUCUUUCUCCUGAGAUGAUCAGCGCGAGUGGUAUGGCAAAGAACGCAAUUGCCAGACUUCACAGGAACGACCUUUUGGCACGGAUAGUUGUCGACGAGGCGCAUUGUGUUUCUUCGUGGGGCCAUGAUUUCCGACCGGAUUACAAGGCACUCAGCUACUUCAAAACCGAGUAUCCUGACAUCCCGGUGAUGGCACUGACGGCCACCGCGAAUGAGCACGUUCGAAUGGACAUCAUCCACAACCUGAAGUUGAAACACCCGAAAUUCUUCAAGCAGAGCUUCAACAGAACAAAUCUGUUUUACGAGGUGAUGCCAAAACGCAAGACGGUGAUAGAGGAGAUCGCGCAGCGCAUCAACCACAAGUACAAGAACAAAACGGGUAUCAUCUACUGUCACUCCAAGAACUCGUGUGAACAGACGGCCAGUCGACUGGUGGAUUUUGGAAUCAAGUGCGAUUUCUACCAUGCGGGAAUGACUCCCGAGGAACGGCAACGGGUCCAGCUGGGAUGGCAGCAAGACGAGAUCCGGGUUAUUUGCGCCACCAUUGCGUUUGGAAUGGGUAUUGACAAACCGGACGUGAGGUUCGUGUUCCAUUUGACUAUUCCACGGAACCUGGAAGGAUACUACCAGGAGACGGGAAGAGCAGGCAGAGACGGCAAGCCGUCGGACUGUAUCAUGUACUACAGCAUGAAGGACGCCAGAACGUUGCAGGGGAUGAUUUUCCGCGACAAGGAGCUGGACAGGUUCAACAAGGAGCAGCACGUCAACAAGCUGCGGCAGGUGACGCAGUACUGCGAAAACACGACAGAUUGUCGUCGGCAGCAGGUGCUCCAGUAUUUCAACGAGACGUUCAACAGAACAGACUGUCACAAACAGUGCGACAACUGCAUAAACGCAGAGAACGUGGAGGUGGAAAACCGCGACAUGACCAGUUUUGCCAGAGACGUGAUCAACCUUGUGCGGAGUCUGAACGGCGACAACGUGACGGUUAUUCAGUGCCAGGACGUUUUCCGCGGGUCCAAAACGGCCAAGAUCGUCAACAGCGGCUACCAUCUGAACGAGUACCACGGCAACGGGCGCGAGCUGGGUAAGAUGGAGGUGGAGCGGCUGUUUUUCCAUCUGCUACGCGAAGGGUUUUUGGAAGAGCGGUCUGUGAUGAACGCUGCUGGGUUUGCAACGAAUUAUCUGAUCGUGGGACCAAAGGCCAACGAGGUUGCGUAUGGGGGCAAGCGCAUAGUGAUUCCGUUCACACGCAACAAAAAUAGCCGGCCAGACGAACGAACGGUGUCGAGAAUGGCCAACAAGGAAAACUCUGCUCCCGCGCAGUUUGUGGCCGCCAGCAAGUACUGGCCUGCUGCGUCGCAAUCGUUCAACUCUGCCCCACCGGACCCACAACUGAGCGCACAUAUCAACAAGUGCUACCUGAAAUUGCGGGAACACAGAUCGCUGUGCUCCACGCAUUUGAACCACUCAAGAGAUUCAACCAUGGCGUCGGACACUACGUUGAAAGACAUGGCAGCCAAACUGCCAACUACGCAGAAAGAGUACGACCAGCUGGACGGCAUGGAGAAGACACAGACACAGUACUUCAAGAAGUUCGAGCGCAUGCUGUGUCUGUUCAAGAAAGAACGGGAGAUCCUGUUUGGAGUCAAGCAGCCGCAGCGCACACUGGUGGCUCCGCCGCAGGACCAGGCCGUGGUGAAUCAGCUGUCGCAGAUGUUUUACUCGCAGAGCCAGGGCACGUCGCGUGAGCCGUCCGGCAGCAGGGGCAGGGCUUCGAGCCAGCGCUCGGGACGCGGGUCCAUCUUCAAGAAAGUGCCUGCCAAGGCCGGUCUCCGACGCGGGAAAACUCCGGCCAAGGCGUCGUUGAAGCGUGGCAAAUCGCAGCAGAAGCAGACGAGGUCGGUGAGUCGUCCUAUGAGGAUGUGA